AUGGACUACUCUUCGAGUAAAGGGAAAGAAAUUGACCAUUCAGAAUUGCCGAGUAGUUUGGUGGAAGGGGCAUCCACAAGCUUCUCACCCUUUAAUGAGUUGAACUUCAUGCAUCCUGAAACUUCCAUAUCAGAUGAUAACAUCACAGGAAGCGCAUUUAUUGGUGAAGACGAAGUGAUGUUUCAAGAACAAUUGGGCAGUGAAGUGCCGUUUUCCACGUCUCUUUCCAGUGACGGGUUUGACUUGACGGAGAUGGGUGAUGAGAGCUUAGGUCAGCAAGAUGCUGCUGAGAGCAUUUAUGCCGUGAUUCCGAGAACACCUACUAUUUGGUCGCUGUCUGAGAGGAUGCUCACUGCACUUAAUCUAUUCAAGCAAUUGUCUGGAGAGGGUGUCUUAGCUCAAGUGUGGGUCCCGAUAUGUGUGGGUGAUUGUUAUGUCUUGAGCACUUGCGAACAACCUUACUUGCCCGACCAAAUGCUUUUUGGGUAUCGUGAAGCAUCACGAUUGUUUACUUUUGCCUUGGAACCAAGACCUGGUAAUUUUCUUGGGCUCCCAGGUCGUGUAUUUUCCUCAAAGGUUCCGGAGUGGACCACAAACGUCAUGUACUAUAACAAGUGUGAGUUUAUACGAGUGCAACAUGCCCUCGCUCAUGAAGUUCGGGGAUCUAUUGCAUUGCCCGUGUUUGAUGAGGAUGAUGGUUCGCCUAAAAGGUCAUGUUGUGCGGUGUUGGAACUGGCCACCAUGAAGGAUAAGUCUGAUUUCGAUUUGGAGAUAGAAAACGUGUGUCGUGCGCUAGAGGCUGUAAAUUUAUGGAGCAUUUUACCCCCGAGGCUUCGUCCCCAGAGCUUCUCUGCAAAUCAAAGAGCUGUGUUAGCUGAGAUUUAUGAUGUUCUACGUAGUGUUUGCCAUGCGCAUAAUCUGCCUCUUGCACUCACAUGGAUUCCUUGUAGUUACAGAGAGGAUCACGGUGUGGAAACUAUAAAGGUACUGGCCCGAGGGCGUUUUAAUAGUUCCAAGGAGAAAUGUGUGUUGUGUGUAGAGGAUAGUGCGUGUUAUGUGAAUGACAAAGAUGUGAAGGGUUUUGUGCAUGCAUGUGUGGGACAUUGUCUAGAAGAAGGACAAGGUGUAGCUGGAAAAGCCUUUCAAUCAAAUCAGCCUUUCUUCAAUCCAGAUGUGAAGCAAUACGAUAUCAAUGACUAUCCACUUGUUCAUCAUGCCCGUAAGUUUGGCCUAAACGCUGCUGUUGCAAUUAGGCUUAGAAGUAGGUACACCGCUGAUAAUGAUUAUGUGAUAGAGUUUUUCCUCCCUGUGAAUGUGAGAGGGAGUGCAGAACGAGUCUUGCUUAAUAAUCUCUCGAGUACCAUGCACAGGGUUUGUAAGAGUUUGAGGAAAGUGACAGAUGACGAAUUGCAGCAUGGUAAUGUGAAUUUACAGGAUGUGGAAAUGAGGAGAACAUUACCCGAACAAUUAUACUUUACUGGAAACUUAGACUAUGUUUUUCAAGCAAACCAAAAUUUAUCUGAAUCAUCGAUUUCAUGUGUGACAGCUAAUGCUUCUCAUCAACAGGCAAUGAGUGAAUCAAGCAAACUGAGUGGAAGGAAGCGAAACACGACGGAGAAACAUGUUAGCUAUAGUGAUCUUAAGCAACACUUUUCAGGGAGCCUGAAUGAUGCUGCAAAGAGCAUUGGUGUGUGCCCAACUACUUUGAAGAGGAUAUGCAGAUCGUAUGGCAUUAUGAGAUGGCCUUGUCGCAAAAUAAAAAAAGUCAAGAGUUCUCUGAAACAUGUCCAAGGUCUGAUCGACUCUGUCCAGGUGAUGGAAGGAUUGGAGUUGUUGAACCCAAUGACAGAUAUGAGCCAACAACAACUUGACUUCGGAAAUGGAGUGAUUGUGAGCAAUGGAAAUCCUGAGCCAGCUAUCCAAAACAUAAACUUUGACCCGAAAACCACCAUUGCAAUAUCAAACAGCCAAGCGACGGGGGGGACCUCAACCGACUCGUCUGAAUUGGGGUCGAUCAUGAACAUGAACAUGAACGAUAGCUCAUCAGGUUCUCUAAGUGUAGGCAAAAUGCAAAAAUCUAAACUUGUAGUGAAAGCCACCUAUAAAGAAGAUAUAGUUCGAUUCAAGUUUGAGGCAAGAGGCAGGUGUGCUGAGGUGUAUGAAGAAGUAGCGAAGAGGUUUAGGCUAAAUAUGGGUGAGUUCCAGCUAAAGUAUCUUGAUGAUGAGGGGGAAUGGGUGCUGUUGGUAACCGAUUCCGACCUCAACGAGUGUCUUGAGACAUUGGAUUGCAUGGGAAGUUGUUACCUCAAGUUGUUGGUCCGUGAUUGUGAUGCCUCCACUUGCUUCUUGGAACCAGGUUGA